AAUUACUUUUGAAUGCUCCUCGCAAAAAUAGCCGUGCGAAGUGGAGCAGAACCGGACAUCUUCAUCUCUCGCUCUCCAAGCUUUCCGGAUCUGCCUCCCCGACGCAUCUCCUUGUUCUCCCGCUUCCCUUUUCCAUUCCCUUCUUCUCAGGUCUCUUCCGCUUCUGCCUUCGGCUCGGCGAUCUCGGCGGAUCCCUAAUCGUAUUUGCUUCGAUCUGGAAUCUUGACACCCCGCCGCUCGAGUAGUUUGCUGAUUACUGGUUGAUAGCAUGGAAAAUAGAAAAAAUAGUGAAGGAUUGUAGUUAGGUCACUCGAUCUGAUGGUUGGAGCUUAUCUUGGAGUUUUGAUAUGUUUGAUUAGGGUACUUGAGAGUUCUAGAUAAUAUAAAGGUACCUAUUGGAUCGCUGUCCAUGAUGAUGAGGGGACGAGACGGAUCCCAGAAGAAACAUUUGCUCCCGUCAUUGUGUGUUGCUUUUCUCUUUUUUGUUUUUCUAUUUCUGUACUAUGGGUCUUACCUUAGCAACCGGGGACAUCAUGCUAACAAUGCUUUAGAGUAUGGUAGUAAAAUUUCUAGAUCCAUUGGCUGGAUAAGUGAGAAUAAUGCAGAAUUAGGCAAAUCAGAAGACCAAGUUUUCACUCAGAAUGAUGAGGAGGAAAUUUCCAUUCCUAAAAGUUUUCCUGUUUGUGAUGAUCGUCAUUCAGAGCUCAUUCCAUGCUUGGACAGAAAUUUUAUUUACCAGUCACGACUUAAGCUUGAUUUGUCUUUGAUGGAGCAUUACGAGAGACAUUGCCCUCAAUCUGAAAGACGAUUCAACUGCUUGAUCCCCCCACCAUCUGAAUACAAGGUUCCGAUAAAGUGGCCAAGGAGCCGAGAUGAAGUUUGGAAAGCAAAUAUUCCGCACACACACCUCGCACAUGAGAAGUCAGACCAGAACUGGAUGGUAGUCAAGGGUGAAAAGAUUGCUUUCCCUGGAGGUGGCACACAUUUUCAUUAUGGAGCUGAUAAAUAUAUUGCACACCUUGCAAAUAUGCUUAACUUCAAGAAUAACAUUAUAAACAAUGAGGGAAGGAUCCGAACGGUUUUAGAUGUUGGUUGUGGAGUUGCAAGCUUUGGUGGAUAUCUUUUAUCAUCUGAUAUUUUAACAAUGUCUCUAGCACCUAAUGAUGUUCAUGAAAAUCAGAUCCAAUUUGCUCUGGAAAGGGGGAUCCCUGCUUACCUUGGCGUGUUGGGAACAAAAAGACUUCCUUAUCCUAGCAGAUCGUUUGAGUUUGCUCAUUGUUCCCGGUGCCGAAUUGAUUGGCUUCAAAGAGAUGGGAUCCUUCUCCUUGAGUUAGAUAGAGUGCUCAGACCCGGAGGCUAUUUCUUUUACUCAUCUCCUGAAGCAUAUGCUCAAGAUGAAGAGGAUUUGAGGAUAUGGAGGCAGAUGAGUGCAUUAGUUUCACGCAUGUGUUGGAAAAUUGCUGCCAAAAAAAACCAAACUGUUAUAUGGGUUAAACCCUUGUCAAAUGAUUGCUAUUUAAAGAGAAAGCCAGGAAUUCUACCACCACUAUGCAGAUCUGACGAUGAUCCUGAUGCAGUUUGGGGUGUCUCAAUGGAGGCCUGUAUUACCCCUUAUACUGAACAAAUUGAAAGAGAUGGUGGAAGUGGAUUGCCCCCUUGGCCAUCUCGUCUAACAACCCCUCCUCCACGUCUUUCUGACUUUGGUGUGUCAAGAGAAAUGUUCGAGAAGGACAUGGAAACUUGGCGACGGAGAGUUGAAAGUUAUUGGGGUCUUUUAGGUACACAUAUUCAGACAAAUUCACUGAGGAACGUGAUGGAUAUGAAGGCUAACAUGGGAUCAUUCGCUGCCGCUCUCAAAGAUGAGCCUGUUUGGGUAAUGAAUGUUGUACCAGAAGAUGGACCUAACACCCUCAAGAUUAUAUAUGACAGAGGACUAAUAGGCACCAUGCAUGAUUGGUGUGAGGCCUUCUCUACGUAUCCGCGAACUUACGAUCUCCUUCAUGCUUGGGCCAUCUUCUCUGACAUUGAGAAGAAAGGUUGCAGCGCUCAGGACCUUCUGCUCGAGAUGGAUCGCAUCCUGAGGCCCACUGGUUUCGUGAUCGUUAGAGAUCGCCAACCAAUCAUUCGAUUUAUCCAAAAGCAUCUAACAGCGAUGCAUUGGGAACAAGUGGCCGCUGCUGAUGCUGAACCCGACUUGGAUUCAGGGGAAGCUGCCGAGAAGGUCCUUGUCAUACAGAAAAAGCUGUGGCUUAUAGAUGAUGAUGAAAGCGCAAAGGAUGAAACAGCAUGAGAAGCCCGUGUAAGUGCAUUAUCCUUUGCGAGAUCAAUUAUAAAUUGCAUGGACACAUUAUUUUUUAUUUGUUAUUAUUUUUUUUUGUUCCUCCUAUAGAUUCUCGUUUACUAUUUUUGGCUGUUGCAACUUUAGCAUUGAGUGACUAAAGCAGAAAAAGUGUUGGGAUUUUAACACGUUCUUCAGAAAAAUAGAAAAAGUUUCCUGUUGGACCUAUUCUUGAUAGUUAUAAUUCCUAGGUUUUAUAUAUUGGCAUAAUAAAAUAUUCUGUUUAUAUUGAUUAAUUUUAGGAUGAUCGAUCUGAUCCCAUAGAAGUUUCUCACUGACCACCAAAUAAAUCGAAAAACGCUCGUAACAAGCAAUCCAUCCUCAGCAUGCUUAAGUAAUUACAUAUUAAAGAAAAUUCAUUCAUUAAUUAGUCGAAGUUGGACUCGGACUUGAUCUCUAGAUGUUGAGGAAAUUGAGAAGAUAUUGCCACUCCACCAUUAUCUCGAGGGCUAAUUAUCAAGUCUUGC